CAACGUCCCUCCCGCGGAGUCUCCGCGGACGUUCCGGAGCAUCCGUGGAUCUCACCCAUCAAAGCCUCAUCAUCCCACGGAGGCACCUCGACUUACACACACACACACACCGUUCAUCCUCCACAUCCCAUUUUGCGCCUUCGCUCACACGCUGCCUGUGCCGCGGACACCCCUGCGUGCAACGCGAGUGAAACUUCCAACAAAGGUCUCAGCGCGUUAGGGGGCUGCCUUGAUCGAAGACAGCGCAAGACAAGGAAGAAGGAGCCCCAGACUCAGUUAUUGACUAAGUCUGUCUGCUAGGGUACUACAGUCCGCCGGCGCCAAUGGGUCGCCAGCCAAGACAACGGCCGAUUUCGUGUGCGCUGUGCCGGGUGCGCAAGCUCCGCUGCAGUCGAGUCUUCCCAUGCUCCAACUGCACGUCCCGCGGAGUGGCGUGCGAGCAUGAGGGUAGCCCCCACGGCAUGAGCCUGGGCGUCGCUCCCGGCUCAGGCAUUCACAAGGACGCUCCCGUCGCGUCCAGCGCCACGGCCGACCUCAAUGCCGUCGACCUGCUAUCUCGCCUCGAGCGCCUCGAGGCCCUGGUGGCGUCCCAAGCCGCCGUCGCCAACAGCAGCAACAGUCUGGGCAAUGGCAGCACCGACGCGGGCAGCAGGGCGUCGGCAGAGCCGUCCAAGCAACGACUCCAACGCCAACAGUCUCCCUUGGUACCGCCAACGAGACGUCCCGGCUCCAACCAUCAGCAGCAGCAGCAGCAACUCACGUUUCCACCCCCGCCAGCACCGGCCCCGUCAACAUCUCCAUCCACCGAGGUUCCGUCGCGUCUCCAGCGCCUUACGGCCGAUGUGCUGUGGCUGGAGAGGUCGUGCUCGGGCCAAAAGCUCCUGGACUCACUUGUCGCGGACCCCAUCACGUUCCGCACGUGCCCCAUCCGCCUCAUCUCCAAGCCCUCGUCCUUCAUCGUCGAGUCGGAUGGCUCGCCCGCCGCCUUAGGCACCACCGAGGUUGUCAAGUGCAUCUGGCUCCCGCGUCGUGACGAGGCACAGAUACUCGUGCAAAAGUAUGUGAGCGACGUGAGCCACUUCCAUCACAUCAUCCACUUUCCCACCCUUCCCCGACUCAUCGACGACAUUUACGACGGCAUCGAACGCGACAGCCGCGUCGACGUCGGCGGCAUCCUUCUCCUCCUCAGCAUCUGCACCUGCACGACCUAUGCCUGGACGCCAUACGAUGAUGCCCGUGCACUCUAUGCCUCUGCCGCCGAGGCGAACUGCCAGACGACCGGCUGGCUCAAGGCCGGCCUCGACGUCGUUGACCAUGUCCAGCGCACCGCCCACACCUCGCUCGAGUGCGCCCAGGGCAUGAUCCUCAUCUUCUUCGUCCUCUGUAGCCUCGAAGGCGUCUCAACUCGCGCCCGCUCCCUCGUCUCGCAGUCCAUCGCCAUGGGCCGCGAGCUCUCCCUCCACCUCAUUGACUUUCCCAACAAUUCUCCUGCCUCGGAUCCUCAGCAGAUGCACAGCAUCAAGACCGAGAUGGGCCGCAGGGUCUGGUGGUACCUUGCUGCCUCGGACUGGAUGCUGUCGCAGUUUUCUGUGCCGCAAGAAGGCACCUAUACCGUUCUGCCAAGCCACAUGGUGGUUAGGAAGCCCCGCAAUGCGAACGAUAGAGACAUUGUCGAAGGCCAGGAGGUCAUCGACCGUCCAAUAGAGGAGCCGACGUGCGUAUCCUACCUCCUCCAGCGCAUCCGGCUAGCGGAGGUUUGCCACGGGCUGCUGGACCGCAGUCCUUUCGUCAUGAGUCCAGAAACGAUGGAGUACCGCCAGGUCAUGGAGGUGGACACGAGGUUGAACCAGUUCAUGCAAGAGAUGCCGUCCUUUUUCUGGCUCGACAACCCUAGCAUGGAGAACCUUCCCCCCUCAGACCCGCGACGUACCCCGAGCAUCACCGUGCAGCGCUAUACCCUCAACAUCCUCUUGAAUCGCCAACUCUGCAAGUUGCACCUGCCGUAUCUUGCCCGUGGCAGCGUGGAACCGGCGUUUGCGUAUUCACGUGAACAGUGUCUCAAAUCGGCGAGAACCAUCAUCCACAUCGAGCACAAGCUGAGGGGGGAGAACUUGACGUUUGUGUCGUUUCGUCAACGGAUGAACAUGGUGCUUCGUAGCGGUUUUGUCGCCUGCAUCGCCCUCGUCCUGGACGCUUGCUUGGUCGACGACUCCCAGGACACUAUCAAGAGCGGUGUGGAGGUUGCCGACGCGUGGAGCAUCCUAAACGAGGCGCGGGACCAGUCGCCUCUGGCCUCAAAGCUCCUUGAGCUCUCCAUCCAGGUGCUCAAAAAACACAAGGCGUCGCACCCGGCACUCGAGCUUCUCAAGAACCAGCCGUCAGCCAAGCUGCGGACUCAUGGCGGCACACCGCCCAUGACUCCAGAUUCGAGUCACCGCGAUGACAGCAGGAAUGGGUUGCUCCCACAGCCGGCGAAUCCAGACUCGGAGACUGCGUAUCUGGAACAGCAGUGGCAGCAACUUCAAGGUAGGAUGGACCUGGACAACAUAGACUGGGACAGGCUCUUCUGGGGCUUGGACGCGCCGUUUAUAUGAAGCCACUCGCCGUGCGCUCGCGUUCCGAGGCCGAUGUAUAUGAGAUGUCUAUUAUGCCAAGCUUGGGGAACCUGGGUGACAAUGAACAGCUCAAAUGUAGCUUCCAGUGAAUCGAAUCAAAUUAAAUUAGAUGGCGAUUUGUGGGCGGUUCUUGUCAAUCAAUCGGAUUGCCGGCGUUGAGUUGCUGGCCGCGGGACAUCAUUUGCUCGGCG